UUUUAUUUUAUUCAUUUGGAAAAAUCAGAAAUUUUAUUAUAUUGGAAUAUUAAAUUUAAUUUUGGUUUGAUUUAAUAUAAUAUUUAAAUAUCUCUCGCGCAGCUUACGUCACAAUUUACAACCACACUCUAUGUAUGUGUCAUAUAAUGAUAAGUUAUAAAGUUCAGUGUUUUGUCUAUUAAAAGUGUUAUUUUUUCCAUGAAUAUUGUUAUCUACCAGCAUAAAAAAAUGAUAUCUACUAUUAAGCAAUGACACAUUUACAAAAUACUUGAUUGAUUGAUUCAUCUUAGAUAUUUAUGAUAAUUAGGUCUUGAAGGAAAUUCUACAUAUAUAUAUUAUAAUUAUUUAUAAAAAGAAAAUGUCAGGAGGAGAACGAAAAAAACGUGCUUGUGAUAGAGGACAAGGUUGGGAAGAGGCUGGUGCUGAAUUUUAUCAAGAAAGUUAUCCUGCAGCUAUUGAAGCAGAUUUACAACAAGCAUUACAAAGAGAUCCUUCUCAUAUUGCGACUUUACUUCCAAGUAAAAAGUCUCGUGUUGCAACUGCCAAACGAAUACGUAAUGAUACAAAAACAACAUUAAGAAGACGUACUAGUACAAGAUCUCGUGGUACAACAACAUCAAGACGUAUGUCAACAAAUAUUCAUGAUGCAGCAGUUUCUAUGUUACCAGACUUAUCUGAAAAUUUAUCUAAUGAAGAACGUACUUGGGAAGAAAUUAUGCAAAUUAAAGCUAUGCCUGUAUGCAUGGCACAAAAAAUACAAUUGAAAAAUCAAUUACAAAGUGCUACAAAAUUAAGAUUACAAGGUUUCGAACAAUUAAAAUGGCAACGAAGAAAAGCUUGGCAACAAUUUCGUAUUAGAAUGAAGGAAACAUAUUCAAAAAUGGAAUUAUGGAGUGAUAGUCUUAAAACAAUUGGUGGAAAUUUUGGCAUGGGAAUAGUUGCAUACUUUUUAUUUAUCAAGUGGUUAAUGUAUCUUAAUGUACUUUUAUUUACAAUUAUGUUUUCAUUUAUUGUAUUACCUGUAAUAUUAUUGGAUAUACCAGAAGAAGAAUUGUGCAUAAAUUCUAACAAUAGUAAUAGUAUAUCUUGCUGUUCAGAAUUAUAUCAAAAUAUAACUCAAGAGAGUAAUAGCAUAACAGACAUUGGUAUCUUAGAAUACACUUUAUUAUUUUAUGGUGUAUAUAGUCAUAUAACUUAUGAUACUUCUGGUAUAUUUUUUAAUUUACCAUUAUCUUAUAUUUCUGCCACUAUUGGUAUAUUUAUUAUUAGUUUAAUAGCUAUUGUUAAAUCAGCUGCUAAAAGUUUCAAACAGAGGGUAAUUGAAAAUGAAGGCCAAUUUUAUCAAUAUUGUAAUUUAGUUUUUGGUGGUUGGGAUUAUUGUAUACAUAAUGAAAAAUCUGCAGUAGUAAAACAUAAAGCAUUAUAUAAUGAAAUGAAAGCAUUUUUAGAAGCUGAAAGAUUAGAAGAAGAAAGACAAAAUCGAACAAGAGAAGAAACAACAAAAUUAUUUUUUAUGCGUUUAUUUAUUAAUUUAAUAGUUUUAACAGUAUUAUGUGGAUGUGGUAUGUUUAUUUACUAUAUAUUUGAAUUUUCUUUUGAUCAAAUUUCAACACAAAUCAAUCAAACAUAUGACUUGCAGUAUUUAUCUUUAAAUAGAAUUGCUCACUUAUUUUUCGAGUUUCUUCCAUAUAUAUGUAUUGUUGUUUUAAAUCUUGCAAUACCGUUUUUAUUUCGAUAUUUAGUUUCUUUAGAAAAUUAUAGUCCUUCAUUUGUUAUAAGCAUAACUCUUCUCCGAACUGUUUUUUUACGACUUUCUUCUUUGAUUGUUUUACUCACAUCAUUUUAUAGAUUAAUUGUAACGGAAGUAAUGGAUAAUGAGUGUACUAAUACUGCUAAUAAGCGGCCAUUAUGUUGGGAAACAUUUGUAGGACAACAAUUUUUCAAACUCUAUAUCACUGAUCUUUCUCUUCAGUUUUUCAUGACAUUUUUUGUUAAUUUUCCUAGAUCACUAAUAGCUAAACAUACAGAGAACAAAAUAUUACGUUUUUUCGGAGAACAAGAAUUUGAUUUAUCUAAGCAUGUGUUAGAUGUUGUUUAUUUACAAACUGUUUGUUGGCUCGGUUUCUUUUUUGCACCUUUAUUACCAUUAGUUGCAAUAAUUGGUACUUUUUUGUUAUUUUAUAUAAAAAAGUUUGCAUGUUUGGUAAACAGUAUUCCAUCAAGUAAAGUUUAUAGAGCAAGUAAAUUAAAUGCAUUUUUUAUGUUAAUUUUAUUAAUUUCUUUUAUUUUAUCUACAAUACCAGUUGGUUAUUCUAUUGCAGAAAUUCUACCAUCAAAAUCUUGUGGACCAUUUAGAGGUUUUAGGUCUGUAUGGUCAUUAUUAAUUGUGACAUUUGCAGAAUUUCCUGAUUGGCUUCAAUCUAUCUUAUAUUUUCUUAGUACUGCUGGAUUUGGUGUACCAGCUUUUGUUAUUCUUACUUUACUUUUAUAUUAUUAUUAUGCUGUAUCGAUAGCAAACAAACAUAUGGUAACAGUUUUAAAAAAUCAAUUAGUAUUAGAAGGCCAUGAUAAACAAUUUUUACUUAACAGAUUGAGUGCAUUUAUUAAACAACAACAAGAUCAGAAUAAAUAUCAUCAAGAACAAGCAAAUGAAUUAGGCACAUUUUCAUAAUCAAUAUUAUAUAUGAACAUUGAAAUUUUUACAUAAUCUCUAAAACGCACAGAUUUAAAAAAAUAUUUAAUAUAGUCACAUUUAAUACAAUUUAAUAUAAUGAAUACUUUU